AAACGGGAUUAGUCUGGUUCAUAUAUGAAUGGACUGGGUUGCUCGGGUAUUCGUUUGGUGUGGACGCACACUUGCAAGCAUGACAAGGUUCAAAAGAACAAGAACAAGACCCAGAAGCUUGAAGCAGGCGAAGAACCUUUCACGAGAACACGACAGGUCGCCCCAGUGCCGCAACAUAUGCCCGGUGUAGCACCAAGACGAGGUUGAUAAGUAAGGCUCGACUGCAUAAAUGAACAGGAAGAGACCCCUAAGGCGGCAUCAUCCUGGAUCUGGAGAUUCUCAUGUCCAAAUGGGAUAUGCGGUUUCACAAGUUCACGACAUCAUCUUACAUACAUGCUUUGGCUGGCAACGGAACACAGACAUUGCCUAAAUCGGCGCAGGACGACGAACACAGAUCAAAGCCGGAUAUUUUUCUUUUAUGCCGCGCAGCGUUAGGCUUCUGGCCUAUUUUCAACUCCAACUCACCUUUCCCUCCCCAUCACUCUUGGCAUUGCCAUUGUGCUAUCCGCGCGGCUAUUGAUACAAAAGCUUCCAAACAAGAUCCUCUACAGCGCGGAGGUGGCAGUGCCAUUACCGUUGAUGUCGACAUCCCGAUCCGCGCUCGCGCUUUUAGGAGAUUUGAGGCCCUGUUCCGGCCUGGUCGACACCUGAGGGAACCAAUCACGACAGCGACCGAUACUACCUGGGGCCGCUGUGGCUGGAAUGAACCCGGUAGCCGCUUCGAUGCUACCAUUGCUAUUCAAAGAAAGCUCCUACUGAGUCUGGCCGGUCUCGUCAGGACCACCCAAAGGGCCAAAGGCCGCCUGUUAACCACUGCCAUUCCUAGAGAUAGGUUCGAUCGGGGACACUCUACCGUACAGCAGUUUCCCGAUGUAGGUUGUGAACACCAAAGCUCCAACUACAACUGGGUGGUGGGCUAUACCGACGGCCCACUCUCACCCAUGUUCGACACUUCGAAUGGUGACAUGGUCAUACAGAAACGACCAUCGUCCCUCCUUACCGCCUUAGACCUAGCUCAGUUCUUCUUGACGAGCCGUAACACCCCCCUGCUAGAACGCCGCGCUUUCGCGCAUCCUGGGCCCCUUGGUGGCCCUGGCCGAUCGAGACUGACCAAGGGCCACUCUCUCAUCCUUCAAGAUGUAGCCAUGCCUCAUGCCACCACUCCCUCCGUUAGUUCAGACGGGUCGGCCAGGAGCCGUCACCGUCACCGUGACCGUGACCACCGCCGUCACAGCAUGGUUUACCUCGAAGAGCCUGAGCCAAAGCAGUUCCGUUUCUGCGCAGAACUGACCCUUCAGAUCCGAAGCCGUCGGGCUGAUCAUCGAAGCUCAGAGUCUCUUGAGGACGAGAUUCUCUACUCCCUUACCAAUGGAGGCAUCAAGUCUCAAAUUCUUUCGGAUUACCCAUACGACCACCCCACACACACUCACACGCCUUCCUACAAAGUUUGGACUAUCACCAGCGACCACUCUAUCCAGUCCAAGCCUACCGAGUACAAACACGCCAUGAAGUUUGUCUCUCCUCUCUUCCGCUUCUCCUCCUUCGACACCUGGAUCCAACAUUUCGAGAGUUUCAUGCAAGUCCUCAACCGAGACUUUGAGACCACUUCUACACACGAAUGCAGCACUUCUAUCCACCUCGCUCCCCUAGACCAGGACCGCCCAGAGUGGACACGCUCCGAUAUCCGCGCCCUUUCCAAGUCCAUUCUCUACUUCGAGUCCUGCCUCGACGCUGUCAUGCCUCUCUACCGCCGCACCUCUGUCUUCGCCAAGAGCAACCGGUACAACAAGCAAAUGGCCAACCUGACCACAGCCGAGUGCUUCUCACACCUGGACUCCCUCAGCAAACGGAAAUAUAUCGCGGCCCACAUGGUCCGCUGCGACCCCAACUCAUCCACGGGCCGGGCCCUCGGCCAGCGGUCCGACUUUCCUCAUUCCGGCUACCGAUGGAACUUUCUCAACCUCGUGCACAACAAGUCUCGAGGCACAAUCGAGUUCCGCCAGCCUCCCGGCUCCACGACCCCCGGUGAAGCCAUCGCCUGGAUCAUCCUUGCCGUGUGCUUUGCCCAGGUGGCCUGUGCAAAGGGUGACUCGCUCCGGCCCAAGGAACGCCCCAACGUAGAGACACUGGGCGAUUGGGUGUACAGGGAGGCAGUACGGGCCAACGUUCCUUCGGAGCACAGGAGGAGGUUGAGGCAGCUGUUUGAUGAUGCCAUGCCUAUCGUCUCUGACUCCAAAAAGGCCGACUUGAGCAUCGUCACGGCGGAGCCGCCGAUUACGGUGCAUGACAAGCAUGGCUUGAUUUGGAGGGAGAAAGGCGAGAGGAACGUGGCGAUGGAGAAGUUUGAUGGGUUUUUCAUGGACCCGGUGUUGAGUAUGUGGGGAGAUUCUUCGAGGCUUUAG